GCGUAGUUUCUUUAUAGGCCGACAUUUUCUGACAAGCGUAGAAAAAGUUUUCAUCAACAGCCGCCAUUUUGCGCUGGAGAGACUGAGAAGAAUUUCGGAAUUUGUCGUGUAAAUUUUCUGUUUUUUCUUACAUCAUUUAUCAUAAACUGUACCAUUCCGUGUAUUUUAAAGUGUUAAGUGAAAUUGUGUUAUUCGAUCUAUAAAAUAAGUCAUAUAAAGUAGCUAAAAUCUGGUGAUAUUGUUUUCAUUUAUUGUGCUAGUUCCGACGGAAGAUGGUGAGAGGGUCUGUGUAGCUCUUCGAUUCGGAGCUUUGUAAUGGCGAAUACUUGAGUGAGAAAUUUUAAUAUGUGCCUUCAAUGGUGCGAAGGACAUCGAACGAUCGUGAUGUGGGUGAAUUACACUAUGAUGGAUGACAAAUCGCUCUAAAAUGCUAUUUCUUAAAGAUUUAAGACAUAAAAGUGUUAUUUGAAUCGGCGGGCCGAAAUAUUCACGACGGCAUACGUUUAGUAAACAGAGCCAUGGCCGAUCAUCACGGGGAUGAGCCGCCUAAUAAGCGGCCAAAAAUCUUCCAGGGUCCAUCGGACUCCACGGAUGGGUUUUCAAACCUACAAGACAUGUUCGACCUCGAAAAGGACCUCCCCGAUGAAUUAAUGGGAGGUUCUUGGGCCGAACAGCCGGGCGUCACGGGGCCCAAGCCCCCUGCGCAGGGGCCCGGGCCCGGGGGGCAAAUGGUGCAGCAGCUCAAUGGGGACGACCCCACUGCUGCCAUGCAUAGACAGAUUAAUAAUCAUCUUAUACAACAAUUGGCCUUUUCACAGGGCAACAAGGGUGGCUUAGUAGGCCACAACAACCCUUUAGGGUUGAGUAGCUUAGGAAGUAAGAGUCCAAGUUUACAGUCACCUCCCAAUGUGUCUGUAUCAAAGGAUUUGAUGGGUGGUAUGCAUCCACAACUAAUGCCAAAUACAAGUCAUCCAAAUCAAAUGCAUUCAAAUAUGCCAAUGAGUUCAAUACAAGGUGGUAUGAACGUGGCAAACGUUGGCAAUAUGAUAGUGACAAACAGUAAUAUGACUGGAGCCGGUAUGCUGGGCAGCGGCAUAAUUAAUAAUGUUAACAAACAACUCCCUACGCUCAUGGGAAAUAAUCAUCAUGGGACUCAGCACCAUCCUCAUGCUCAGACAAUGCAGAACGGUCCGCUGGGCGGGCGAGUAGGCGUCGGCAUGCAGGCGCCGAUGCGGACGAGCCUGCAGCACCACCCGCGUAUGCAGGCGCCGGGCGGCGGCGGGCACCCGCUGGCGCCCUACCACCCCGCCUACGGGCAGUCGGCGCAGGGCCCGGGCGUGCCGCCGGCGCAGCGCGCGGCCGGCGUGCGGUUCGGGCCGCCGGGCGAGGCCGGCGGGGGCUUGACAGCCGCCGCGCCGCACCAGCCGCACCCGCCGCACCAGCCGCACGCGCCGCAUCAGCCGCCCGCCUCCGGCUCCAUCGCCGACCCGGAGAAGAGGAAACUGAUACAGCAGCAACUGGUGCUGCUGCUGCACGCACACAAGUUGUUCGCUGCCGCAUUGUAA